AUGCGGGAGACGGCUAGCAAACGGCUACAACUUCAGAGGGCAGCAGAAGAGGCAGCUCAGGCAGCUGUCACACCGGCGGCAGUUGGUACAGAUUCCCCACGGCCGCCUCCGACAGUGGAGCCUCAGCGCACCGGGGUGCCCAUUCAGCCCGUUUACCCUGCCAUUGCCAUGCAAGCAGGCUCCUCGGACCCUAAACCGAAACCCCGGACGGAGCAGCCUUGGCUGAAGCUUCCAUUCCGAAGUGGACGGAGUCUGUGGCCCUCACGCAAGCCACCGGUAUCGACCGAAAGCCUCAGCUCGGGCGGUUUCCACGUAUUAAAAGAGACGGGGCCGGAGCCGGAGCCGGAGCAGAACAGUGCGGGGUCCGCUCAAGCUCCUAGCAUUGACGGUGUCACGGACGACUCUCCGAUUAAAUCGGAGCCUCCCCCAAACAUGGCUCCGGACGUCGCGCGGGCCAGGCCUCGCCUAUCGUCAGAAGAUCGAGUCCGUCAAAAAGACUCUAAACGACGAGGGGCAGCGCCCGAGAUCUCGGGACCGACGCUCCUAGCCAAACAACGUCUCGAACGCAAAACCUGUAAGCGGCUGGUUAAGCAGCAACAGAAAGGACGGUGCACUUCGUUCCCGAUAGAUCCUCGUCCAGAGACCGGCCCUUUUCAUUUGAACGAUCUGAAGCGUAUUCUAGGCUUACGGGAAGUGCCCACCCCAGCCACUGGAAACUGUUUGGCGAUGGCGAUCGCUCAAGCCGUCGCAGAUUCCGCCUUGGACGCACCGCUCACGGUCCUGGAGCCUCUCACGGCCAGUGUUAAGCGUGGUUUUAAGUACGCUGGGCUGCUGAACCUGGAAGGUCAGCUUCCACACGACCUGAGGGUCAAUAUAUUAAAAAAUGUUGGACGCGGGUGGCAGACAAUGACCAGAGAGGAGUCGGCAACUCAACUGCGGUGGUUUUUAACAGAUUUUGCAGCAACCUCUUUUGACAGAGAUACCAUAGUUUCGGAAUCUUGCUGGGGAGGUAGUGACAUACUCGGUAUGGCCGCUACUUUUCUGCAGCGGAAUUUCUUUGUCAUCCACGUUGAGGAUGACAACAUGCAGUGGAGCUGUCGAAAAUAUCACCCGACAAAGGUGCAGCUGCACGGUAGCGCAUUCGACACGGCCAAGGAAUACCCUCUAUCUAUCACGGCUUGCACUGACGAUCUGCAAGUGGCUAAAAUUGAGGUAACAGACACAUUGCCGUUGGUUCUCCGUUUCUGGGGGCGCCAUUAUUCGGCAUUCUUACAUACGGACAACGCGAAAGACCUGACAUCCCUAACGGGUGACUUAAACGGCCCGAACGCAGAGCUGUCACAGCUUUCAAAGCUACCUGCGGUAGCCGGCGCUACACAAUUGGCACUACAUGUGCAGGCUUCAUCUGGUUUUUGA